AUGCCCGAACCCCUACCGCAAAAUCCAUUUCGUCCAUCCUCCGAUGAACACACAGCGUAUCAAUCCUGUCUCCGCCUCGAAGCUCUUGGUAGCUGGGGCUCGGUCGCGGGUAAAGAAGUCAUGUUCAAGUUCAGUCCGGAAGUUGCGGCGCGAGUCUUGGGCUACGCGCUCAUUUGGCAUACUCUUUCUUCUAUUGGGCUGGUAGAGGAGAUUUGUGGUUGUGCUGAUGAAGGAGAAGUGCUUGUGGGGUUGGCAUAUUUGUAUGUUGUGUGUGUUAUUGGAAUGUUUAAGAACCCGAAGCUGAAGGGUUCACGUUCGGUCUUGAUGUCGCAGCCUACCACCACUACCAGUUGGAGUGAUGCUAAAAAGUUCGCUUUGGCUCGGGACAACUACCGGUGUAUCUUCUCCGGCAACAUGGACAUCGACAGCUUUGACGAUGGCCUGACGACGAUGAACGAAGCAGCGGGAGAGAGGAUGAGAAGCACCGUACUGGGACAUAUAGUAUUCGGCCCAUCGAGGGCGGAUUAUACUGUUGGGCUGACGGAUGUUGCGCAAAGGAAGUUGGCGUGGGCGACGUCUCCUGCAGCCAUCAUCAAACGGCUCGUCAAUGUCGAAUUCGAGAGCGAGAGCGAUAUCCACCGAGCUGAAAACACCUUCACGGUCACGCCUGAUUUUCAUCACGCGUUUGACGAGUUCUGA